AACGGCCACAAACAGGAAGAAAACAGACAGUUCUUCCAAAGCAGAGGGAGGUUGGGCUAGCUUAGCAGCCUGUUUUACACUGGUACAGUAAUGAAACGGCCUUGAGAGGCAGGAAUAAACUGGUGUUUUAUCAUGCAGUAUCCGGAGUAGUGACUGUAUCCACCGAUACUCAGAAAAUAUAAUUCUCCUCGACUUUCCUCCGGUCCGAGUGUUUAAACAAGGUGUGAAUGAGUGACGUGGUGCCUCCCACAGCUCUCAGUGAAGUCCAGCUCCGCUUCCUCUGCCACGAUGACAUAGAGAAUGUCAAGCUGCUCUGUGGUGAUUGGUUCCCAAUCGAAUACCCAGACUCAUGGUAUCAGGACAUCACCUCCAACAAGAAGUUCUUCUCCCUCGCUGCCACCUUCAGAGGAGGCAUCGUGGGAAUGAUUGUGGCUGAGAUCAAAGGCCGGACCAAAGUACACAAAGAGGAUGGAGACAUCCUGGCCUCCAGUUUCCCUGUGGACACACAGGUAGCCUACAUCCUCAGCCUGGGAGUGGUCAAAGAGUUCAGGAAACAUGGCAUAGGCUCCCUACUGCUGGACAGUUUGAAGGAGCACAUCUCAACAACAGCCCAGGACCACUGUAAGGCAAUCUACCUACAUGUCCUCACCACCAACAACACUGCCAUCCACUUCUAUGAGAACAGGGACUUCAGGCAGCACCACUACCUGCCCUACUACUACUCCAUACGAGGAGUCCUCAAAGAUGGAUUCACAUAUGUGCUCUACAUCAAUGGGGGUCAUCCACCCUGGACAAUAUUUGACUAUAUCCAGCACAUUGGUUCCACCCUGGCCAGCCUGAGCCCCUGCUCCAUCCCACAGAGAUUGUACCGACAGGCUCAGUCCCUGCUGCGCUCUCUGCUGCCCUGGUCCAACAUCGCCUCCAAGACUGGCAUACAGUACAGCAGAACAAUGUGACAUAACAUGGAGCACAAGUGUUCAGUUUUUCAUCAGUCUUCCCCUGUACACACCAAGAUGUACACACAUGCACUCACAUUCUUAAUCACGUAUGGCUUUCCACACCCUGUGCAUGACACAGGACUCAGGUUCAACCUGUGUUUGACCGUUCACGUACUGGAAUAUUUCUCCACAUUCAAUAUACAUUUGGCACUGCUCACACAUGAUCCGGGUCAGCAGCUGUAGUUCUGCACCCACUACUAAACAGGGUUAUUGCAUUGCAACAUCAUUCAAAGUGCAAUGUUGUGUUCACACUGACAGACCGUGCGAUCUGGUAAAACCACAGGAUUUCUUUUAGUUGUUCAGGUACUAUACUGUCCCAUAUUACUCUAUCCCAUAAUUACAGUAGUGACCUGUUGUGUUUGCCCAGUCAUACCAAAGCUGAGCAGUGUCAGACCCGCUUUCGCCCCAGGCAGCAGAGCACGGUGGAGGACCUGGUUCUUUUAUGUUGGCCCAGGAACACAGACGGCAAGCACAGGUCAUUCUUUUGUUGAGAAAGGGGUGUAACACACACUGGGAUCCCUACAGAGACUAAAGGUUCAAACCUUGUCUAUCUUUCUGUCUCCCUUCAUCCUGUUCACUACUGUCACAGAGACUAUGUAUACUGUUUGUAUAUUAUAUAUACUAAGCUAAUAUAUAAAUUUCUCUCAAUAUGUAUGUCUGUUCUAUGCUGUCAGUAGGCCUAGUUGGAAGAUAACCCAUCCAUUUCCCUUUCCAGAUCCAGAGUCAAUUCCAGUGUAAAAUAGACACUCAGCUAAACUGGACUGUGAAUCUAGUUGUGUUAAUAGGCUGGUAGGGUAGAAAAAAGCUAAUUGUACAGUGGAAACUUUGAGAUGUAAUGUAGAUGGCUAAUACAGUAUCUUCAAUAGUAACUGGAGUUUUCAGAAAGGAUUCUUUCCUUUUGAAACCUGAUGAAAAGAUUUUUUGUUCAAAAUAAUUGUACUGGAAACUGAACUGUUGACCUCAGUACAGAAAUAUGAGGUCGUUACAGUUGCUGCUCAUUCAGUACUUAGUGCAACACAGAAAACUGACACUUCACUAAUUAUGCAGUGCUGUUAGUCUUACAAAAAAUAUGAUCUUAGGUCUAAGGAAAGUGGCCUUUCUACAUUGUUUCAAAAUGUUUCCCAUGUAUAAUUCAUACAAGAGUAAGGGAGAGUUUCUCGAGUCCUUAUUUUAGAGUUUUUAAAUGGUAACUGGCUACAGCCCUGUCUCUCUGCUCUUUGGCUGUAAAAUUGCUGCUAAUGUAGAGCAAUGUCCAUUUGUUUGUCCAGAUUUUAAAAAUAUGGCCCAGAUUAGAUUUUUUAUGUCGGCCGGUAGGAGAGAUGAGAAGAAAAGGUAAAGUAAUGUUCCCAGACACAAACAUCAUACACCCUGUGUGCCUGAGUGCAUGCAGGUGUGUAUGUCUGUGUGUGUGUAUGUAUAUGCAUACAUGGUUUAGAGAUUAGCACCUUGUAAGUGCCAAAUGUUGGUCAGAUCUGUCUAUGGGAGACAAAUGUAGUAAAGUUCACCCAACAUGUUGACUGGUAACUUUGUAAGUGAGUAACAUUGUAGUUUCUUAAUUUUAUUGCAUUCUGUUGCACUUCAUAAUAAAUUACAAACCUGAUCCAAUGUUUCAGUCAGUGAGCAAAUCUUAGAUUUUAUAUAUGACAUAGGACUGAAAAGGUAAAGGUGACUGUGGGAAAAUUGUGCAUUCAAAUUUAAAAGGCAGAAGUUUCUCAAUUUACCAGCCCUGGAUGGGUGACUCAAAAGUAAAUUUCAGACAUGGUGUAUGCAAUAAAUUUGUUUGAUUUGAUUGAUUGUAAGGACCGAGUCCAUCUGACUGCCCCUGCUGUAUGACUAUUUUACACUGUUCUAAUAUUUUCAUUGUGAUUAUCAUAUUACAUUGUUAUAAACCUGAGCCUUGUUUUCAUUCACAAUA